UUUAGCCCUCCUAAUUAGCAUCCGAACAUCCGAUGUGACACAUCUAAAGUUUAGCACCUGUUAUCCAAACACCCUUUAGACUACAAUGUCUGAAAACCUGCAGUACUCAACUGCUGAUAGCCUCCCAUAACUUCUUCACUUUACAGCAUAUUCAUACGAUGAAUGUGACUUGUUGGCCCAUAGUUGACGGCAUGGUUGGCCAGUCAAUGCGUGUGAGCCUGAGCUGGUUCCAGCUGCCUGGACUCUGGAUAGCUGCAGCUUCCAUGUAGGGAGUACGUGCUGGGCAAGAGCUUUGAUUCCAAUUUCACUUCAUAACCUAGUGGAAGGUGGUCUGAACUGAAUGGCGCCAAAAGGGCUGGAGAGAAUUAGGUGAAUGGCGCCAAAAGGGCUGGAGAGAAUUAGGACUGAAUAAAGUUACAUGAUUUGCAUACACUUGCAAAUCUUAAGAAAUCUUAAUCAUGUGAUAGUAACAUACUAACACUAUAUCAACAUAAACAGCAACGCAUGUGCAAAAUUUUGUAAUAAAGAAUUCGAGCCUAUCAAAUUUGUGCAGAAAUGGAAAUGAAAGCAACAAGUACACAAUCCACAAGAGUCCAAUCUUUGUUAGUAGACCUAUAGUUUUCCAGCGUUUAUUGUUGACUCUUGACUGUAGACCAUAGCCCAAUUAAACAGGGAGGACGCAAAUCUUUAGAAAAACUAAAACUUCCAUUCACACCUAUGGCCCUAUCUGUUUUAUUUUCCUAGUUCCGUGGAUUUGUUCUUCCUCUGUCACAGAAGCCAUGCUACAGCCCAGAAUUCAAUUUUAUGUAAACCAAUGCAGCCACAAUCUCGACACAAGAUGGCAGCGAAGUGUUUUUCGGGUGCUCUGCACUUGCUGCCUCUCUUCCUACUCCUACCAGUCACCACCAAGGGUGCCACAUUAAGCAUCACCAACCAAUGCUCCUACACAGUGUGGCCAGCUGCUGUGCCGGUGGGCGGCGGCGUGCAGCUCAACCCGGGGAAGUCAUGGACCAUCGACAUGGAGUCCGCCACCAGAGGAAGUGUGUGGCCACGCACAGGCUGCUCAUUUGAUUUCGAAAGCACGGGUAAAGGCUCAUGCAAGACAGGUGAUUGUGGCGGCAUGCUCACCUGCACAAGCAAAGGUCAGCCGCCCCUCACGCUUGCCGAGUUCAACUUUGGAGGCUUUGGACCAGGAGGAACGGAUGUCUUCGAUAUCUCCCUUGUCGACGGAUUCAAUGUACCCAUGGACUUGCUGCCGGUGCCAGCCAAGGGACAGGGAGAGCAAGGGUGCAGCAAGGGGCCUCACUGCGCAGCCAACAUCACGCCGCAGUGCCCACAAGAGCUGAAGGCGCCGGGGGGCUGCAACAACGCGUGCACGGUGUUCAAGCAGGACAAGUACUGCUGCAAUGGCAGCAGCACCUGCGAACCCACCAACUACUCGGGGUUUUUCAAGCGGAUGUGUCCGGAAGCAUUUAGCUACGCCUUGGAUACUUCGGACACUACAUUCACUUGCCCAUCGGGGACCAACUACCAGGUUAUUUUCUGCCCCCCGGUAAACAUAUCAUCUUUGGCUUCGCCUCCAGCUGCAAAUCCGCCUAUAUCAGCUUUGGCUUCGCCUCUGCCUGCGAUUCCAUCUGCACCUGUUGCAACUGAGCCAACACACAUGAAGUCCUCAUCCUUUGCACGGAGAAGAGUUUUUGCUGUGAUUCUUUCCGUAGGUGGUUUGACUGUACUUGUCAUAUUAAGUACUUUCUUCAUAUAUAAACUAAGGACACGGCAACAACAGGAGAUGGAGGAAGGGGAUGAAGAGUUUGGGGAACUACUAGGAGCGCCGUCAAGGUUCACAUUUCAGCAGCUACAAGAGGCAACGAGUCAAUUCAGAGAUAAGCUUGGAGAAGGGGGAUUUGGGUCUGUCUUUGAGGGACGAUACGGGGAGGAAAGGAUUGCGGUAAAACGUUUGGAUGGAGCUGGUCAGGGGAAGAGAGAAUUUUUGGCAGAGGUUCAGACAAUUGGCAACAUUCAUCAUAUCAAUUUGGUGAGGCUGAUCGGCUUCUGUGCAGAGAAAUCACACAGGCUUCUGGUAUAUGAGUACAUGCCCAAAGGGUCCUUGGACAAGUGGAUCUAUUACCGACAUGACAGUAGCACUGCUCCUCUGGAUUGGCAAACACGACGCAAGAUUAUUACUCACAUAGCUAAGGGUCUCUCUUAUCUUCAUGAGGAGUGCAUGAAGAGGAUUGCCCAUUUAGAUGUCAAACCACAAAAUAUUCUCUUAGAUGAAAACUUCAAUGCUAAACUUUCUGAUUUUGGAUUAUGCAAGCUCAUUGAUCGGGAUAAGAGCCAAGUGAUCACAAGAAUGAGAGGCACACCUGGAUAUUUAGCUCCCGAGUGGUUGACCUCCCAAAUCACAGAAAAAGCUGAUAUUUAUAGCUUUGGCGUUGUGGUCAUGGAAAUGAUCAGCGGGAGAAAGAACCUGGACACUUCACAAUCUGAAGAAAGCAUCCAUCUUAUAACCUUACUGGAAGAAAAGGUGAAGAGUGAUGAGUUAGCAGAUUUGAUUGAAAAGGACAAUACUGACAUGCGAGCACACCGGGAGGAAAUAUUGGAGAUGAUGAAACUUGCAAUGUGGUGUUUACAAAUUGAUUCAAAAAGAAGGCCUCAAAUGUCUGAGGUGAUCAAAGUUUUGGAAGGUGACUUGGAUGCAGAAAGCAAAAUUGAGCAUAACUUUGUUGCAACAAGCCAAACAAUGUUUGGUAUUGCUGGCAAUACAGAUUCCUCGGAUCCACCUCAAGCCUCAAAUUUAUCAGCCCCCAGAUGAAAUGGGGCUAACUGUGAGAAGCCAUUAUCUGUUGUAUUUUCUUUUUCAAAUCACUACAAUCCUAAGGCCCUAUAUCUUGUGCUAGCUUCUCAGUUUAAUUCUUUUGUUUGGUUUCCCAUUGUAACACAAACCUGUUUGGAUUUCUUACAGUUUUCUUUUGGAAAGUUAUAAAACGUUUCAAAAUGAUAA